UCUGUGAAGUAAAAUGUGAAGAAGCCUUCUUCCGAAAAUCGUGAGUGAAGUGAAUGAAAAAACCUUGGUAACAAGAGUCUGAGAUGAACAGAACACUUAUAAAGUACCAAGAAAGUACUUACUCAUAGAAAUUUUGGCCACCUGGACUGGACUCUAGACUAGACUUGACUAGAUUGUUUUUUUUCUUUUGUUCUGUUUUGUUUUUGUUUUCUUUUUAUUGGGGUGGGGGGUUUAAAAAGAAUCGGACAAAAAACAAAUAAAAAGAAUCCAGUCGAGCCUAGUCCAGAGUCCAGUCCUGAUUUUCCAACUGGCCAGAAAUUGUGUGCCCUUGACUGUCAGCUGAUGGCAUAGAUAACACUAAUGGUCAUUGUUGAAAUGUUCAUAUAUUUUUUUCUUCAGGAUCAUUUAAUCAAGUUUCUCCAGACAUUUGCGCAGCAGCAGUGUUAUCCAACCUAUUUCCAAGCACUGAACGCUCAAGAAAGACAUACGUUAUCAAAGAUUGGGAUCCCUUCAUAAAGGAGAGCAAAGAUUAUAAGUGACAAGAUUGACGGCAGUAGCACAAGGUUGGCUUUUUCUUAUUUGUCAUUUGAUGAACAAAGUCACACUGGAGAGCGGAAAGGCAGGAUAGCAUUCUCUUCGUGCGGUUAUGGUAGAUUUGCCUACUAAAUCAAAUCACGGACAAGACAAUUUUAAAAAAGUCUUUUGCACGCAAAAUCACUAGCGUAGGACACUACAAAAACGAGAUGGACUCGUUGUUAUUUGUUAUCUGAAAGAGGACGUCGUACUCCCGAGAAAUACGGAGGAAGUCAUUCUCCUCAUUAGUAAAAUGCUAACUACUAAGUAUGGAAAAAACAUCAAGAAAAAAGACAUUCGAAACUACGUUUCGGGGAAACUGCCCACCUACCCCUCCCCUAAACCAACAUUAACUUAGGGCAAAAUGGCUUAGGGAAGGGGUAGGUGGGAAGUUUCCCAGAAACGUAUAAGGAUCCAGCAAGUCGGAGACUUAAGCUCGUUGCUAUAAUUGUCGUAUUUUAUUUUUGCGUGGUAAACUGUCCCGGAAUCCAGAAAACAAAGUACGAACGGAAAGGGAAAAAAAGAGAAUCGAAAAAACCCGGCAAAAGAAAGCCAAAUUCUCAGUAACUGGGCAAGCCUCUCCUCCUCAUAGGAGCACAUUUAUUUAAUUUAUUCAACCAAAAUUGCCGGAAAUUUCGGUUGGGUUUAACUGCAAAAAGUUUCUCAAGAAAAAAUAUACCUUCAGAGACGGAUCACUUUGAUCGAUUACCAUUUGGACGGAAAUUUCGGUGAAAAUUGUCCGUCAAAUGCUACUGGUAUUAUUUUCGCAGCGAAAACAUGAUUGAGUUGUAUCAUUUACAAAAUACAGGUAAAUUUUUGUCCUUCUCUCUAGAGAAAGCCUGGCGCUCGUAAUCCAAGCAAAUGGUUCCAAAAAUUUCGGUCGUUCCGGUAAAAGCGGGAAAUCUGAUACCUCGCAAGGUAUAACCUUUUUUGCCGAAAACAAUUCAAAGGGAUGAACUGUUCCAUUUGAAUUCUCUUCUGAAUUACCGGAUGUUCCGUACAAAUGGUAAGCGUUUUUUUCUUUGCUGGAUCGCUCUUAUCAUAAAUUGAAGAAUUAGCUGUUCCAUUUACCCAUUCUCAUUUUCAGAACCGCAAUAACCGACAGGAUAUCUUGGUCCAUUGCUGAAUAGAUCGGUUCGUUGUAGCUGAUCUGCUGAAACUUCUCACCCUUCGAAAUUCAGCGUGAAAUUCGUCUCUAAAAAGGCCGGAAUGAAGUAAACGAGAUCAGUCAAAGUUGCAUUCAGCCUGCCUUAAAAUAAUUUCGGAAAUUUUGGCCGACGUUUUUGGCUAUAUGACUUCGUCCAGUUAAAAGGUGAAAUCUGCGGCGACAGCAAUCGGGCUUUAAUGGAAAGGUCGUUGGUGCUUUUGAGGAAAUAACUAGGGCAGCGUGCACACCUGGUAUCCGGGCACGGUGCCCGAGUACGAUACUCGCCGGGCAUUAAGGUGAACACACAUUUUUUUUUUCAAGUACCCACGAUAGAAUUCGGGCACGGUGACGGUGCCCCACAAAAGUGGGCACCGGGUCGCCGUGUGCACACCGUUUUGAUAGUUAGUUCUGGGGCAGUCCAUUGCUUUGUACUUCCUACUAAGCUCAUGUUUCAAAUGGCAUCUGGCAGGGCGCAAGUGUGAACACAACAUCAUUUUGUGCGAUACCCAGGCACUGAUUCCCGGGCACCAAUUGUGGACAGCCCCUGAAUAACCUGAUAGAGCUUUAAGACGAUGCUAAAGUAACUUGGCUUCAAAAGGAAGAAGUGACUGAAGGUUCCUUUCUGCUUCAAAUUAGAUGACGGGAAGGAUGAAUUUUAUAGGGCGCAUGUCAAGUGAGGGGGGUGGGGGUGCCGUGUUUCUCCUUUUUUCUCAUUAAAUAGCUGGAGAUUGGUGUGAG